ACUCUUUGGUUGACUUGACACUUGCUUGACAGGAAAAUCGAAUCGAAUCUCAUCAACUGAAAAAUAAUUUAAUUUUUAUUUUUACAUAAAACGCAUUGCCUUGGUCUUUAUUGAUACCAUUAGGUUUUAGAUUUAAAUAAUAUUAUCGCUUCUGUGUAUCAUGUUAGUUUUGGACGAAGUACUUGUGUAAAGUAGCCUGAGUACUUAGCUGCUAUAAAUUGCCGUCCAAAGCGACAUAAUAUUUAAUUACACUCCAUCAACGUGCAGUUCAGUUGGGAUUCUCAUAACAUUACUCGACAAUAAGCGAAUUGUCAAAAUCAUAUUUAAUUUAAAUGGAUUUCAAGAUGCACGAGUUUACCCACGCUCUAGUGGGCAAAGCUACUCCUGGGUCCAGCUCUGGAGAUGGUAUUGAAUUCGACGAAGUACGGCGUCAACAUGAGUGCUAUUUGAGACUGUUGAGAGAGUUGAAUUUAGAAGUGGUUGAAGUUAACUUGCAAGGUUCGUUAAGUGAUAAGCUCUUGCUGGAAAAUCUAGCAAUUGCUUGCCAUGGUAUUGCCCUUCUGCCAAGGAACAAUUCGUCUGUUGAAGCUCACAAUACAAAAAUUUUAAAAGAAAUAUUGCAAAACGAAUUGGGCCAGACUGUUAUUGAUCAAGUAGAUCCCGAUGCCAAUAUUUCAUGUGCAGAUGUGUUAUUCACAGGCCGAGAGUUCUUUGUUGGUAUAUCUGAAAACACAAAUGAAGCUGGAGCAAGUGCUGUAGCUGAAACAUUUCCUGAAUUCCCAUGCACACCUAUAAAGAUAUCCAAAGGUUGUAAAGAAUUAAAGAAGUAUAUUACGAUGGCGGGCCCUGAUGUCCUAUGUGUUAGUGCUAGCAAGGAAGCCAAAGAAUUGCUUAAGAGGAUCGAACGUGAAGCUAACUUUACCUAUCAAACUUUGACGGUUCCAGAAGACGAAGCUGCCAACUGCGUUUAUGUUAAUGGUACUUUAAUACACAGGGCUAUUGAGGAAAUCCCUGAAGCAUUCAAGGUGUUCUGUGAAAGAAUCGACUUCGCUAGAAGAUCUAUCUGUUUUUCGGAGUUUGCGAAGAUGCAGGCUGGUUUGAGUUCGUGUUGCUUGCUAGUAAGGAAACCUUAAAUGUAUUCAGAUCUAAGUUUAUUGAGUUUGACACACCUUACCGUCCGCCAUUUUGACAAAAUAGGAGUUCUUCGGGGCUUUCUAGAUGAAACCGUCUAGAUUUGUUAUACUUGGAUUAAAUAGGUACUUGUGAAUGUAAAGUUCCGUUGAUGAUAAAGUUCUGAGAAUUGAAACGUAGAUACAUAUUUUAGUUAGUAGAGAACAGUAAUUUUUUUUAAUGCGGACGGUGGACGUGUUGCUAAGCUCUGAGUUAAUAUAAUUGAGUUAUUUACUUUAUUUACCUUUGGCCCAUUUCACUACAAUGGAAUUAUUUUAUUAUAAGGCAAACAAACAAACAGGAAUCUCAAGGAAAUCUAUUAAUAAGAAUGAAGAAACAGCUUGCCUACAUAAAUGUUUAUGAUUUAAGAAAAUUCUUACAUUUGGACCUAUCCUACCUCAUAACACAGACUACUAUAUGUCACACAGUGCAAUAAUAUGAUUGUUCCACAUAUAGUUCGUUAAUCCUAAAAGUACAAAAAAUAGUGAAAUUGGGCUUUAAAUAAUCUAAAAACUUAUUGUUUGAGCUUAUUCACAAUUUUUGUUCUCAUUUACUGUCUAUUUUACACCAAUGACAAUAAAAUAAAUAAACAAUAAGUAUUCAAACAAUUUAUGACAAAAUAACUUGUUUUAGCCUCAUAUUAGCUUAUCGUACCUGUCUUAGAGCGACAGCAAAUGUUGUAUAAGCAAUUUUGAUACAAAUAUGACACAUUUAUUCAGUGUUAAAUAAUAAAAAUAACCUACGCAUUUAUGCAAGUUCUAUUUAUUGCGAAUUCUUCAUUAUGCAUUUAUUGAGAUUUUAUGAAAAUGUCUACCUGUUACUGUCCUUCUUAAUGUGUCACUAAAAUCUAUUUUCCAAAAUAAAUACCGCUUCAAAUAUAAUCUUAACAGAGGGCCAAGCACGAAUAACUAUCGCAUUCGUAUCGUAACAGUAUCGAGCGA